AUGUCUCUCGGAAAAUUUAUCGGUGAACUUCCUCGCAACGGAGAGCAAUGGGUACAAUAUGCCAAGCGGGCCGGCCUUUUGCACAAGUCGCUGCGACACUGCAAGGAACUCCAGUCAGGAUCUUGCGUCAACGAUGAGCAAUUUAUGCUCUUUAGAACGAUUUGCCCCCAACCCAUUUACCCAGACUAUUUCAAUCCUGCUGACUAUGGUCUUGACUUAACUACAGCCUCUAAUAUAUUAGCAAUGUCCCAAGGCUUUCAAGCGUACCUCAACCAAGUCGGCACAAACAACUUCCGGGGCCUGGGAGAAUUUGGCACUACUCUCGUUCAACAAACUGAUCCGCUUAAGUGCUCUGAUGAAACUCCUGUUAAUUCUAGUCUGAUCAGUCUACUCCAGGCGCUUUCCUUGUUACCUACCACGACUACCUCCGAGUGGCGUAGCACCAGAAUCCGUUUGAGGGGAACAUUCGGUAAUCAUAAUCUUCGUUCAGGCGAGUCUCCUCCCCAGUUUACAGGUAAAAUCAAGUCUGUGAUUGAAUGCAAGAGAUACCUUCGCGAAAAGAUAGGCAAGGCAGUCGAUAUGCAGGAGGCUGCUGAGGUUGUGGCUUGGGUCAGCCAGUAUCCUGAUACUGAUAGAAGUAUCAAAACACACCAGUAA